AUGGUCGCCAAACAAUUCUUUAUCUUUGCAGCGGUGGUGGUCGUUGCCAAUGCAGGCAUUCACUCAGUUGCACCAGCGGCGUAUGUCGCACCUGGUGUAGCGUCGGCGGCGUACGUGGCACCAGCUGUGGCACCAGCAGCGUACGUUGCGUCUCCCGUAGCGUCUUAUGCGUCUGCAGCAUACGUAGCCCCUGUUGCAGCAUCUGCGGCAUACGUCGCGCCGUACGCAUCUUCAUAUUCCGCCCACACAGUGAACCACGCCGUCGCGGCUCCCCUUCUUGCGCCUGCUCAAGUUUUUGCCGGGAAAUACGUAUCAGCACCUGUUUUGUUAAAGUAA